UAGUUUUUCUCUGUUUUUCAAAUUAUUGCUUGAAUCUCUAAGUACCCAAAGUGCCUUUUGAGGGGUUACACCCCACCCUAUGUAUAUAUGUAAAUUCUGUAGGUACUGUGGCUUAUAGAAGUAGGGUUGCUUCCCCAGUUCUCAGGUUUCUAUACAUCAGAGUGAAUGAAAUAUUGUUCUUUGUUAUAUAAAUCUUGUGUGCGUACAUAAUUUUUAAAAACUAAAGUUGAUAGAAAUUUCCAAGUCUGUCAAAUUUUCAAGACGAGAGGUACAUGUAAUUUCACAAUGAAAAACGCUUUUAGUUUUUAAGACCUGACAAAUGAAAUUUAGUUCAAAAAGUAACAAAGAUUGAAGGAGAAAAAUAGAACCUUAAGAUUCUUUUUAAUACCACAAGAUUCUUUGAAAAUGCGUGCCUUCUUUUUUUUCCCCAAAGCCUGGUGGGUUACAUUUUGUUUUGAAAACACACCACAAAAAUGCCUAAAGAGAGACAAGUGCUCUGUAUAAUUGUUACACAGAUGUUCAGACUUAAGGCUAGGUUUUACGGUAAAGUUGUUGACACUUGUGGAAAUUGAACUAUGUGGUGAAAAGGAGAUCUUUGUCAUGGGAGAGUAAUACUUUUGUUUCUCAGGACACCAGACUGAUUCAGAAAAAUGCCAUAUAUAAUUUGCAAAUACAUAUGACUUUUAAGAGCUUCCUUUAAAUUCUGAACCUGAUUUUUAAAAAGUUUCAAGGGUGUUUUGAUUAGAGAUUGCUUUACCGAUUGAGUACUAAACUCAAAUCUGUAUCCUGUCUAAAAAUUCAUUCCCUCCCUUUAUUAUCCCACUGCCCGUUAAAACUAUUACUGUUUUAGGGAUAUCAAAACUGCAAACUUAACUGAAGUAGGGUCCAGAUUUGGGAUUCUGGAACUGCUUAUCUGGGCGUAAUUAAGAUGAGUUGAAUACUUUCAAGUUCUAGAUUUAGAAUAAAAUUGCAGUAGUAUGUUAUUUUUAAACACACACAAACUAUCUGGGAUAAUUUCAAUAUGAACAAGACCCCUCUUCGAUACGUAGGAGCCAGGCCUGUGGGCUUCAGGGUGCCAGUCAAUACGAAAAAGAUGUUUUGGGUGCAAUUUCUCCCACUCUCAGGCCCUUAAGUGAAAAAUAACCCAAUGGUUUGCCACCUGUCCAUUUGAUUUGCUCACAUGUUGUGAGUAUACAUUUGAAGAUGAGACAACAGAGCCACACCGACCUCUUCUUACACUCUGUAAAGUGCUUUCUGUUUGCCCCAAAGAGAGAUGCCUCGACUACCUUUACCAACUUAAGCAGUCCUUUUUUAGGAAAAGAAAACAUUGAGUGCCAAUGUUUUGUAUAUUGCUUCGUGGGCAGUGGGAGGAGGGGUAUUUCUUAAACUGGUUGGGUUGGGGAAGUUGGGAGUGGAGUUAGAAAUAGCAUUAUCAUCAGGUCUUUUUAAUAUUUCUAGAAUAAUUCAUCAUUAGAGCCUGGGCAGAACUGCCUUACCAUGUCAUGAUCAUCAUAGUAGAAAGUACUGUAGGGGGAAACCAUUGUGAUAAACAUUGUAGUAAGCCCCUAAAAGGCUUGCCUGCGGGGGUUCAGUUAAUAAUGACCUGGAAAUCAUUUUUCUGUAAAGUAUCCUCUUUUCUAUAACCAUUUAAGACAGCACUGUCCAGUAGAACUUUCUGUGAUGAUGGAAAUGUUCUAUAUCUGCUAUUCAGUACCAUAGCCGCUAGCCACAUUUGGUUGGAUAUUUGAAAUACAGCUAGGUUUACUUAGGAGCUGAGGUUUUAAUAUAAUUUAAUUAGCCACACGUGACUACCAUAUUGGAUGGCAAGGAUUUAGAAGUGCAAGUUCUAAUACUUCAGAUAGUAAUAACAAUGUUUUUCCUGACCAGUCUUGAUCAGAGUUUCUUCCCAUUUUAUUCUAUCAUUAGAAAUUUCAUUUUGGUCACUAGAUAAGGUCUGUUUUGAAUUGAAAACUACUCAGAAAUGGAAACCAUCUUUUAAGAUGAGGUAAUACUCUGAAAAGUAUUUGGCUAUAUGCUUCCACCCAAUAAUUGUUGUCUCCAUUGAGACUACACUUACAGCUUCUAUUCUGCUGUGGGGUUCCCCCCCUUAUUCCCCUCUUUUUUCCUUCUCUGCCUUCUGGGAUGUGUCUCGCGCUAUGGGUAUUUAAUUCAGCCUGUUAUAUUUGGUGAGAAGUCUGUUCAGACUGAUUUUGUGGCUUCCUCAUAUUAAUAUUUUUUGACCAUCAUAUGGUUUCUAAUUUCUUGUGUUCCUCUAUAGAAUUAGAUCCUUAUCCUGGUUAUCAAUUUGUUUGUCCUUUGAUUUAUGACAAAAUGCUUUUUCUGCAUCUUUUCAAUGACUUCAUUUUGCCAGUAAGGUUUCCAUGUUUAUCUCUUUCAUGUACUGUCUUUCAUAGAGGCUGAAGUUAUUCAGCAGGCAGCAAAAUAAUCUGCUAAAGUCCUGCCUUUCUUUUUUCACUUAAAAAAGUGGGUGUAAUAAAAUCCAGGCUAGCUAGCUGACUAGCUCCCCGGGCAGUCUAUGAUAAUCACAGAUAGUCAAUUUAUCAGGCUGUUUUGCUGAAUAAGCUGGUUCUAAAGGAGGCAGGGGUCAAGUCACUUGUCUCAUAUAUUACAGUGGCUCUCUGCAUCCCCGAAACGCCUUCCUUCAGUAAGCAGAGUGCUUGAGUGCACCCCAUUUGACCUGCUGAUAUGUAGAUCACAACACCUGAUGCUUCCUGGAAUUGCCGAUUACUGUAACUGCUGCCCAUCUGUCGAUGAAGGAGCAGUUUCAGAACUCAGACUUGAGGGAGGAAAAGUAAUUAAUGGAAGUUAUAGAACUAACCAAAGACCUUCUGUCAACUCAACCUUCUGAGACGCUUGCAAGUUCAGACAGUUUUGCUUCUACUCAACCUACUCAUUCAUGGAAAGUAGGAGACAAGUGUAUGGCAAUCUGGAGUGAAGAUGGACAGUGUUAUGAAGCGGAGAUUGAGGAGAUAGAUGAAGAAAAUGGCACCGCUGCAAUCACCUUUGCUGGUUAUGGCAAUGCUGAAGUGACUCCACUGUUGAACCUCAAGCCUGUAGAAGAAGGAAGGAAGGCAAAGGAGGACAGUGGCAACAAACCCAUGUCAAAAAAAGAAAUGAUUGCCCAGCAGCGUGAAUAUAAAAAGAAGAAAGCUUUGAAAAAAGCUCAGAGAAUAAAAGAACUUGAGCAGGAAAGAGAGGACCAGAAAGUGAAAUGGCAGCAAUUCAACAACAGAGCCUAUUCUAAAAACAAAAAAGGCCAGGUAAAGAGGAGUAUUUUUGCUUCACCUGAGAGUGUGACUGGCAAAGUUGGAGUAGGAACUUGUGGAAUUGCUGAUAAACCUAUGACACAAUAUCAAGAUACCUCUAAAUACAAUGUCAGGCAUUUGAUGCCUCAAUAAUCAGAAAAACUGUUGGAUUUCAUCUCUGCAGGGCUUUACAUUUACCUUUUUAUCCUUAUAUUUUUCUAAAGGUAAAUUAUUUGUUAGAUGAGUAAGCAAGAUACCAUUGUCGUCAUUGGUUGACUUCAGUAGAAUGAAACGUGAAGAAAUUGCAUUUGAUAACUGCUAUUCGUUUAACUUUUCUCAUUAUCAGUACCACGGUUCCCUCAAAGUUUGUUGAAUAAAGCAACUUUUGUAGAUGCUGUUUCAUACAGCACUUAGAUGAAUUAUUGAUCUUCCUAAUAUCAGGCGCCUACUUAACCUAUGGUAUGUACUUUUUGUAAGUUGUAACUUGAAAUUUGCAGAUGCUUUGAACUUGACACAUACUCUAGCAAUUCAUUGGAACACCAAGGCAAAAACACCAACCUGCUAAGAGACCUUUCCAUUUUUAUUUUCAACUUUAAAACUUAGCUGUCGUUCAGUUAAGCUUAAAGAUAGGUUAAUUUGUAAAUGGCAAAGUUUGUUUUGAGGUUUUUCCUCAAUAACUUGUUUCCCAGGCCUAUUAGGCCAUCUCUGAAAUUGAUCUAGCUGUUUUAUUUUUAUGUACUCUUAGUUUUAUGUAAGAAACCUUAGGAUGAGCUCCCUUUUCUAAGGUGUUUUUGUUUUUUGUACGUUUGGUUUUUUCCUGGUUUUUGUUUUUUUCCAUUUACGGCAGUGGUACCAUGUUUUGGAUGUGUAAUGUUUAUAUGGGAGAACAAAAAGCUGAUGUAUAGCCCUGUAUACAGUGUAGAUACUAUUUUUGUAAAAACACAAGGCUAAAUUAAUGAACAAGAAUACUGAAUAUUUCAUCAUUAAAAAUUUCUUGUAUUUCUUGUGCAUUAAUCUGACCAUAAUUUCCCUGUAUAUUAUGUUCAUUUAGCUGUUUGUAAUUUUUGUUAAUUAGAUCAAGUUGUCUGCAUUUGUUGGUGUAAGUGAACAUCACAGUUAUCCUGAGUUGAGUUUAAGCCAAAUACAUGCAUAGAAAAGGGUCUUCCUUAUUAAUGGAAGAAGGUAAUUUUUAGGAUGUGUAUUAUUUCAGUUUUGUAUGUUUAACUUUUAUUAAAUAAAGUGUUUUUAAAAUCUC